AGGAAGGGAGGCUGAGGUGGUGCAUGUGCAGAGUGAGAGUCAGACCCGAACGUGGUUUGUGUUUUGGGGGUGUAGAAGAUCAUUUUCAGGGGGACUGUUGUGUGUUGGGAUGACAGUGAUGGCCAGGUAGGAGCCAGGACCCUUAAUUCUCCAGUUUAUUUUCCAGACCCAGUGUUAGACCCCCACGUCCUACACCAUGUUUUCGGAACAGGCAGCCCCCAUGGCACAGGGGCUGCUGGCCCCUCCCUCGGCCGAGCCCCCCACCUUCCCCAGGGUGCCUGGGUCAGGAUACUCGGACUGCUCACAGCCCUUCCAGCUGGGCGAGCGUGGCUUCUCCCGGCAGUACGCCCACAUAUACGCCGUGCGCCUUGCUGGGAUGCGACCAGGCCUGGAGCGGCGCGCACGGAGCCGGUGGGGGAAUGACAUUGCGCUGCGGAAGCUCUCGGAGCUGCAGGCAGGAGAGAAGUGCUGCGUGGUGGGGACACUCUUCAAGGCCAUGCAGCUCCAGCCCUCCAUCCUGCAGGAGAUCAGUGAAGAGCACAACCUCGUGCCUCAGCCACCUCUGCCCAAGUACAUCCAACCCUCUGAUGAGCUGAUCCUGGAGGACGAGCUGCAGCGGAUCAAGCUGGAAGGAGCCAUUGAUGUGCAGAGGCUGGUGACAGGGACCAUCUUGGCUGUAUAUGGCUGUGAGCAGGAUGAUGGCAGAUUCCUGGUGGAGGAUCAUUGCUUCGCUGACUUGCCACCCCCGCUGCCCUGGAAUGGGCCCAGCUCUGACCAGUUUGUGCUGCUGGCCUCAGGACUGGGGCUGGGCAGUGUGAGUGGCGAGGCCCUGCUGAGCACUCAGCUGCUAGUGGAUGUGGUGACAGGGCAGCUGGGUGCAGAGGGUGAGCAGAGCUGUGCUGCCCACAUCACUCGUGUCAUUCUGGCUGGGAAUCUGCUGAGCCAGAACACACAGAGCCGAGACACUAUCAACAAGGCCAAAUACUUGACCAAGAAGACACAGGCUGCAAGUGUGGAGGCUGUGAAGAUGCUGGAUGAGAUCCUGCUGCAGCUCUGUACUUCUGUGCCUGUGGACGUGAUGCCCGGCGAGUUUGACCCCACCAACUACACGAUGCCACAGCAGCCCCUGCACCGCUGCAUGCUGCCCCUGGCCAGUGUCUACGCCACUCUGCACCUCGUCACCAACCCUUACCAGGCCAGCCUGGACGGUGUCAGGUUUUUGGGGACAUCAGGACAAAACAUCAGUGAUAUCUUCAAAUACAGCAGCAUGGAUGACUACCUGGAGAUCCUGGAGUGGACACUGCUGGCAGGACACAUCAGCCCCACGGCCCCAGACACCCUGGGCUGUUACCCGUUCUACAAAUCUGACCCGUUUAUUCUCACUGAGUGCCCUCACGUCUACUUCUGCGGCAAUGCGCCCCACUUCCAGUCCAAGCUGCUCCAAGGGAAGGAGGGGCAGCGGGUGCUGUUGGUGACGGUGCCAGACUUCAGUGCCACACAGACUGCCUGCCUUGUCAACCUGCGCAACCUCACCUGCCAGCCCAUCACCUUCUCUGGCUUUGGGGCUGACAGUGAUGACAGGGACAUGGAAGUUGGACACUGACCACAGGGAGGGCACAGACUUCUCAAGCCCUCACCCCUCAAGGGGUCCUUUCACCCACUGCCUUUGUCUGUCCUCUGGGAGGGUGACAGAGCUGGGGAAGCACUUGGAGGGACAAGAUGUUCAUACCAAUAUAACUUCAUUUAUUUGUGUA